UGUGACAUGGGAGAGGAUGAGACGGUGGAUCAUGUGGUGCUGGAAUGUGUGAAGAGUUGCCGAUCCAAAGGCAACUUAGAGGUGAUCCCGAGCCACCUGUACUAUCAAGAUCAAGAUCAAGCUACUGUCACACGAAGUCAAAGCAGGCAUCAAGAUGGGUGUGCAAGACAAAGACUACUCCUACCUGAGGCUGCUCAUUGUGCCAGUAGCCUUUACUGGUGCUUCACUCUUCCUCUGGCUGCUCUUCAUCAACAGACCUACCAUCAAAGGUGGCACCAGCCCAACUUACGUGACCUUGUGAAGACAUCACCCACAUACCAGCAGGACCACUGGUACUAUGUCUUGCUGCUCUUCUCUUCAGCCUACAUAUACAAGCAGACCUUUGCCAUUCCAGGAUCAGCACUUUUGGUGCAUGAGAAUGAACAUCAACUGUUCCUGUUCUUGGUCAGCUUGCGAGUGUUUCCCAUGACACCCAACUGGCUCCUCAAUGUGAUCGCUCCCUAUGUUAGUGUGCCACUGCCCAUGUUCUUCCUCUCAGUUUUAUUUGGCUUGUUGCCGUACAACUUUCUGUGUGUGCAGGCUGGAGAGGUGCUGUCAGACAUGCAGUCAAUGGAUGACGUGUUCACGCCAAGGACACUCUUAGGACUCAUCACUCUUGCUCUAGUCAUGUUUUCUUUGUCUUAUUUUACUCACAAGAGUAAGAUAAAGCGUAGUGAAUAGGCAUAUUAAUAGGAAUUAUUCUACAUUUAUUUCAAAGUCCAGAAUUUCUUUGGGUUGUGAUUUAAAAAAUAAUUGACUAUUUUGUGCAAAAACUAUGAAGAAGACUCUUAUAAUAUAGUAAAACCUAAACAUAAUGAAUAAUGAUGUGGUGAAUAUCAGAUUUAACAAAUCCCUAAGGCAAAAAAAACAAAUUUAACGUUUAACAAACCUUAGGUCACUAGAAGCAGAUGAUUUCACUAAAUGCAGCAAUAAGUUUUAAGUCUCUAUUAUUUGUCAUUAAUUAGAAACAUUUAUUUGCUAUAAGUACAGGACUGUACAGUACAGUCCACCACUGAACUGAGUGGAUUUGAUUAUUAUGAAUUGCUGUAUUGCUUAUUUAGAGGAGUGAGUUGCUUGAGGCAGGCUGCUAGUUAGGCUGUAGAGAAUGACAGUGGUCAGGGUGGGUGUGGUGCAGAUGUACUGAUGUUCACAGUUCACAACUUUUUUUGUAUUGAUAUAGUUUAAUGCAAAGUAUUUAAUGGCUAUUAUAAGUGCCUGGACUCCUUGUGUGUAGUGUGGUGGAGAAUGAGACUAUUCUUUCCACUGGGGCUAAGAAUAUCUUGUGUGCGCCACGCCUUGUGGGAUUGCUGACCUGGUAUGUAGAUAGAUAGAUAGAUAGAUAGAUUAGUGUACUGUAGGACACCUUCCCUAUACCAGACAAAAAAAAUGUCAAUGAGGUUGGAAGAGGAAGUAGAGUAGAGAGGGUGUGUUUGUCACAACACCACCACCAUUCCCCAGCCUGUGUGCAGUUCCUUGGAUCUGCAUCUGUGCCAGUCUUUUUCACUGUAGUGUUCCAAGUGUGGUAUGGUGCCAAAGACCUCUAGAAGUGUCAGGGUGGACCAGUGGUGGGGAUGACACAGGUAACCUCAGAAUGGAAGAAAAAGGAGCCAUAUGUGUGGUGAAGGCAGUGCCACACUGUAACCACUCACAGACCCCACACACACACACACACACACACACACACACACACACACACACACACACACACACACACACACACACACACACACACACACACACACACACACACACACACACACACAUGCAGAUCAGUGCUGUGCAGUCUGUGUCAUGUAUAUAAUGUAUAUGAAAAGGAUGAUUAGUAAUGAUAACAAAGUAAUGGAAGAUACUGACAAUGUAGCCAGCACAAAGUUUUUUUUUUGUCAUUUAUAGAAGAGUGAGAGCAGAGGGAGCAGAUAGGUUACCAUACAGUUUGAUGGAGCAGAGACUGGGGGAUGUUAAUUCCUACAUUCCUUUUACACACACAGACCACAAGUGUAGGAUGAUAAAGAAAUUUUCCUAUUAGCUCAUCCCUUAUUCUCAUCAUCUGUUUUGUGGUGUCCCAUAAUGACUAAAUGACAUUACCUAAUGAUUUAUUUUUAUUUUUUAUUUAACUGAGUUUCUUGAAACCCUUUGCUGUAAUAACCAUUAGGUAAAGUGAAGUUUUGGAUAUAAUGAGCUGAUCUUCCUAUAAUUAGUUUAUUAUGUUGAAGUUUUACUAGAAAAUGUGUGCUGUUAUAUAUCAUAUUUUAUAUAGACAAGUGUGUUUAUAUUUGUGGUGACUUAGAUAUAUGUAUGUAGUUGUACUGUAAUAUACAAGGCCUAAGCUCUACUUGUAUUGUCAUGUCUAGGUAAAUGGAAGUUGUACCGUUUUAUUUUAUGCUGUCAUCUUCCCCUUCCCCUAACUUUUCUUGGAUCUUUUUGUAUAUCUGUCUUUUCUUUAUCCAUGAAAUACAUACGUGUGUGUGUGUGUGUGUGUGUCUAUAUAUAUAUAUAUAUAUAUAUAUAUAUAUAUAUAUAUAUAUAUAUAUAUAUAUAUAUAUAUAUAUAUAUAUAUAUAUAUAUAUAUAUAUAUAUAUAUAUGUGUGUGUGUGUGUGUGUGUGUUUAUUCAGUACAUUCAUCAACUUCCAUUUUGUGGUGUGUGUGUGUGUGUGUGUGUGUGUGUGUGUCUGUCUGAGAGAGAGAGAGAGAGAGAGAGAGAGAGUACAUAUGUAUGUGCAUGUAUGUUUGUGCUGUGUACACUUUAUGUGCUAAAGGCCAUUAAUAUAUUGCUCAAAUGUGAAUAUGGGGAUUGCAUUUAAGUAUGUAAGAAUUACCAUAAUCUACUGAGAGUUGUCAGACUUCAUUCCUGCAAUUUAGUUUCCUUAUUUCCUGAGGAACAAAAAAAUUGUUUUCUUACCCAUGUUCAACUCUUCUUUAUGAUUAUGCUUCCUUCUGUUAAUACAUUAAUCAUGAGAUUACAAUAGUAUUCACAUUUUGUUUGUCUUCAAUGAAAUGAUACUCAGAACAAAUCCCUAACUAGUGGUGUUAGAUUCAGUUAUCUGGAGCUGGAGUUCUUAAUAUUUCAUGUCCAAUCUCAGGUAUCUUAUGUCUGAAGGUGUUUACAUUUAGUAAAAUAAUAGAAUUGGGUAACAGAACAGACCUAGACUUGUGGAAAUCACCAGAGACAUCUGUGCCUCGACUAAAGGCUGAUACCCAAACCAUGGUGUUUGUAAUAACUUUCUAUGUACAGGCUAUUAUUAUUAAAGUAAGAACAAAUAAUAAAAGUAAAUUCCCUG